AUGCUCCGAAGUCGCCCGGCCUCGAAAGCCCUGAGGGCUCUGCAGUCGAGGCAGUUCACCACCAAGACCACGGCCGCUGCGGCCAUUCAGCCCACCAAGACGACGCCCGCGUCGACGAGGCAACAGACCACGACAGCCGCUCCCCAGGUCCGCGACAUCCCCUCGUCGGGGUUCAACACGGCCGACAAGGACCGCAGCCAUGUCCAGCCUCUCGUCAACCCUCGCCGGCCGGAGAUGGACGAGUCGUUCAUCGGCAAGACGGGCGGUGAGAUCUUCCACGAGAUGAUGAUGCGGCACAAUGUUCGCCACAUCUUUGGCUACCCCGGCGGCGCCAUCCUCCCCGUCUUCGACGCCAUCUACAACUCGAAACACUUUGACUUUAUCCUGCCCCGUCACGAGCAGGGUGCCGGCCACAUGGCCGAGGGCUACGCGCGUGCUUCUGGCAAGCCCGGCGUCGUCCUGGUCACCUCGGGCCCCGGCGCCACCAACGUCGUGACGGCCAUGCAGGACGCCUACUCGGACGGCACCCCCAUGGUCGUCUUCACCGGCCAGGUUGUCACCACCGCCAUUGGCAGCGACGCCUUCCAGGAGGCCGACGUUGUCGGCAUCUCGCGCGCCUGCACCAAGUGGAACGUCAUGUGCAAGUCGGUGGCGGAGAUGCCCCGUCGCAUCAACGAGGCCUUUGAGAUUGCCACCUCUGGCCGACCCGGCCCCGUCCUCGUCGACCUGCCCAAGGACGUCACCGCCGGUGUCCUGCGUCGUGCCAUCCCGACCGAGACGUCGCUGCCCAACCUCCCCAGCGCGGCGGCCCGCGCGGCGGCCGAGGUGCGCCGACAGGAGAUGCGCAACUCGCUGAAGCGCGUGGCCAAGCUGCUCAAGGUCGCUAAGCAGCCCGUCAUCUACGCCGGCCAGGGCAUCAUCCUCUCCGAGGGCGGACCCGAGGCCCUCCGGGAGUUGGCCGAGACGGCCUCCAUCCCCGUGACCACCACCCUGCAGGGUCUGGGCGCCUUUGACGAGCUGAACGAAAAGUCCCUGCACAUGCUGGGCAUGCACGGCUCGGCGUACGCCAACAUGGCCAUGCAGCAGGCCGACCUGAUCAUCGCCCUCGGCGCCCGCUUCGACGACCGCGUGACGCUCAACGUGGCCAAGUUCGCCCCCGGCGCCAAGGCGGCCGCGGCCGAGGGCCGUGGUGGCAUUGUGCACUUUGAGAUCAUGCCCAAGAACAUCAACAAGGUGGUGCAGGCCACCGAGGCCGUUGAGGGCGACGUCGCAAGCAACGUGCGCGACCUGCUGCCCUUGGUAGAGCCCCGCUCGAUGGAGAGCCGCAAGGAGUGGUUCGGCAAGAUCAACGAGUGGAAGGCCAAGUGGCCGCUGUCGCACUAUGAGCGCGCCGAGCGCGGCGAGCUCAUCAAGCCGCAGACCCUCAUUGAGGAGCUCAGCAACCUCACCGCGGACCGCAAGGACACGACGUACAUCACCACGGGCGUCGGCCAGCACCAGAUGUGGACGGCGCAGCACUUUCGCUGGCGCCAUCCCCGCACCAUGAUCACCUCGGGCGGCCUGGGCACCAUGGGCUUCGGCCUGCCGGCCGCCAUUGGCGCCAAGGUGGCCCAGCCCGACGCGCUGGUGGUCGACAUUGACGGCGACGCGUCGUUCGGCAUGACCCUGACGGAGCUCUCGACGGCGGCCCAGUUCAACAUUGGCGUCAAGGUCAUUGUGCUGAACAAUGAGGAGCAGGGCAUGGUGACGCAGUGGCAGAACCUCUUCUACGAGGACCGCUACGCGCACACGCACCAGGCCAACCCCAACUUUGUCAAGCUCGCCGAGGCCAUGCACGUGCAGGCCCGCCAGGUGUCCAAGCCCGAGGACGUCAAGGAGGCCCUGACCUGGCUCAUCAACACGGACGGCCCGGCCCUGCUCGAGGUCGUGACGGACAAGAAGGUGCCCGUCCUGCCCAUGGUGCCGACGGGCGCUGGUCUGCACGAGUUCCUGGUCUGGGAUGGCGAGAAGGACAAGAAACGCCGAGCGCUCAUGAGGCAAAGAACGAAUAAUCUGCACGGUUAA